AUGUUUAAUUUCAUAUCAAGGGCCAAAUCUAAAUCAAAGAGACAGAGCAAAUCAAAUAAAAAUAACCAAAAUAGUGCACCUACUUCGCCCUCAUCUGACAAUUCAAACACGAUAAGAACAUUGAGAUAUUCCACUCUUGAAAGAGAUGAUAACCAGAUUCAAGAAACAGUUUGUACAGGCUCAGAUCAAAUAAAUCCACUUUCUAAUACUCAAACUUCCACAACUUAUACUUAUCCGAAAAACCAUGUCUUUGAUAUAAAUAACUCUCUACCCCAAAAUCAAUCUCAAAAUCAGUUGUCUUCUUUGAAGAAUAAUCCAAAUCCAAACCGAAGUCCAUAUCCAAGCUUAAAUCAAGCUCGAAAUCGAAGAAGAAGAAGAAGUCGAAGAAAAAUUCAAAAUCGAAGCCAAAACCAACCUCAAAAUUCAUUUCAAGCACCAUUUCACUCUCAACUGCAAAAUCGUAAUCACAAUCGAAACAAUUACAUCAAUGCAAUAUCAACAGUCUAUUCAACUGCAUAUAAUUUUUCAAAUUCAAACCAAGGAUCACAAGUUGGUUCUUUGGUCAGCCUAAACUCAAAUUCAAAUUCAACUUUUGAGCCAGAAUUAAAGAAUGAUCCAGAAUUCAAUGAUUUUUCCGGUUUCCUUUCAAAACAGCACAUUCCAAUUGAAAGACCAACUUUAAGAGCAAUUCCUGAUUUAUCUAUUCAUCAAAAGGCUCUUAUUUGUUAUUUCAAUCAUCCAAUGAAUGAAAGUUGGAUCGAUUCUGCCACAGAAAGAAGAUUUGAAAGAAGGAAUAAAAGAAUAAAUGCACUUUCUACAGGUCAACUUUCAAGAUUGACCGAUGAUGUUGUAAAUGAAGCUCAAAUUAGAUUGCAAAGAGACUCUUCAAAUAAAAACCAGAAUCAAGAUAAUUUAAACAAUAAUAACAAUAACAAUAACAAUAACAACAACAAUAACAACAACAAUAACAACAACAACAACAACAACAACAACAACAACAACAACAACAACAACAACAACAACAACAACAACAACAACAACAACAACAACAACAACAACAANAACAACAACAACAACAACAACAACAACAACAACAACAACAACAACAACAACAACAACAACAACAACAACAACAACAACAACAACAACAACAACAAUAAUAAUAAUAAUAAUAAUAAUAAUAAUAAUAAUAAUAAUAAUAAUAAUAAUAACAAUAAUAAUCAUAAUUAUAAUCAAAUUGGAAACGAAUUCGAAAAUGACUUUUUUUUCAAUUCAAAUGAUAUUGAUCUAAUUGAUUUACCAGAAAUAGCCCAUAAAAUAAGUCGAGAUGAUGAAGAAUCUGAAAAUCCGGAAAUUCCUGAAAAUCCUCAACAUCUUCAAGAUCCUGAAGACCUUGAAAAUCUUAACAAUCAUAUAUAUCAUGAUUAUUUCAUAGAUAAUAAUAAUAACAAAAUUUCUAUCAAGUAUUAUGAUAAAACUCAAACCAUUGAAAGGAAAAAUGCAAUAUCAAGAAUUUCUGCCUUAUCUCAUCGCAGAUUUAAUGAACUAACUUUAGAUGCUCUAUUAGAAAUUGAAACAAGACAAUUUUGUCCUCCAUCUGUUGAUUUCACUCCUAAAAUACAAGUCAUUGUUCCAUUAGGAAAAAAAAAGGAGAAAAAACAACAACAACAACAACAACAACAACAACAUCAUCAUCAUCAUCAUGUUCUUGAUGAUGAUGAAAAUUAUGGUAAGGAUAACAAAUAUAAAAACUUAUAUGAAGUUACUCCCAACCCAAUUCGUAAUAACAAUAAUUAUAAUAAUAAUAAUAACAAUAUUCAAAAUAAUUACACUGGUUUUUAUAGCACCAAUGGCGCUAGACAAUUUAUAAACAAAAGUUUUACUGGAUUUCAAAAUAUACCUAGAGAAAAUCCAAAAAUUUCCCAUAGAAGAACAUUUUCUUUAAUUGGUACAACAAGUUUUGAACCCACUGAGUCAUCAAGACUCACGCAAAAUCCAAUAGAUAUUAGUUUAGCUGAAGAGCUCUCUAAUGAUUCAAUAUAUAAUAACAACUUCAAUUAUCAUACAAUUGAUCCACUCAACGAGCAAGGUCCAUCGACUAAAAAACCAUCAUCAAAAAGAUUACCAAAGAAACCAGCUGUUUCAUUUCAGAAACACCCAAAUGAAACUUUUAAAAUGCCAAAAAAAACCAUAAAGAGUUUUGAGAAACAACGUAUAAAUGCUGAAGAGGUAAUUUUUCCCGAAGAAAAUUUGAUAACUUUGGAUCCUAAAUUCACUCACGAAAAUCAAAAUUCUGAAAUUGGAAUUCCACAAGUAGUUCGGCCCUAUCUUCUUUCCAACAUACCUGAAAAUUUUUCUGGUUCUAACGAAAGUAACGGGAACAUCGAUAAAGAUGAUAUUAUUAAAGGCGAUAUUAUUAAAGAUGAUAUUAUUAAAAUAGAAAGUGAACUUGUCGAAAAGUCUAUAUCGAUGCUAGAAAAGAGAACUGUAUCACUAAAUUCUUCAAUCACAGAGAUAGAGCUAAAGUUGGCCGAUGAAAAAAGUAAGUUAAAGGCAUCUCUAAAUCAAUUGAAUACGUUAACAAAAAAAUGGAAUCUUGAAAAAAAUACAUUGAAAUCACAGAUAAAAAAUUUACAAACUGAAAUGGAAAUGAAAUCAAAGGAACUCGAAGCUAAAAAUCAAGAAAUUGAAAAAUUAACAGAAUUGGUUGGUUCCAAAGAUGAUCGAAGAAUUAUUAUUAGUCGUUAUAAACAAGAAAUAAAUUUAUUAAAAAAACAAAUAAUUUUUUUGUCUCAUUUGAGCAUGAAAAACUCAGCUGGUUGCGCUUUUCCAAAAGGGUUUUUAGAAAAAAACACAGAUUCUGAUGGAUUAUUACCUAUAGAUCAUUUAAAAGUAUUGAUUGAAAGUAUUAAGACAUAUUUAGAACUCAUUAGCGAAGAAAACAGCAAUCCGGUUUCAUUGUUUGAUAUUAUAUCAAAAAUCUCCAACUCAAUCAAAGAGAUCGUAAUUGAGGCACAUAAGGUGAUCAAAGGAAAGGAAUUUAUAAUUGAGAAUGCGAUUUCACAUUUAAUUAUUCAAAAUAAUUAUUACGUUGAACAUGAUAAAACAUACCCAGUAAGUUUUCUUGAAAGUUCAGCAUCCGAAAUCUAUUUUGGUAUUCAUGAGUUGAUUGAGAUAGCUAAAAUAAGGCCAAAUCAAAGCCUUUCUCUAUAUAAACCAAUUAAUCAAGUGAUAGAUAGAUAUUUUUCAGAAGUUGAUUUAUCUGUGAAUAAUGAUAAUUUAUUAGCUUCUUCCAACAACAAAAACAAUAUAUCUUGUCAGUUUAGUGAAUGUGAUUUUGGAAAAGGAUUUUACAAUCUUGAUAAUAUAAAGCCGAACCUAACUGGAUCAGAAUUGUCUUUUGGUCUUGAAAAUGAUCAGUUGGAAAAUUGUACGAAAGAUGGAUGUAAGAACGAAGAACCAAUGAAAUAUAGUAGCAAUAAUGAGAUGGCUUCCAGUAGAGAGAGCUCAAAAAAUCAAGAAAAAAUUUAUAAUAGUAACAAUCAAAAUGACAAUUUGGAUCAAAAAGACGAUACUAACUUGCUUCCAAAGUUAAAAACAGUUGAUAUGAGUUCCAAUAGUAGAAAGCCAUCAAGAAAUAUGAUGGAUAUAUUGAAAAAAUUUGAGCCAACGGCCAGUGACAAAUCAACAGGAGAAAAAGAGAGAAGUGAAGAAAGAGGCUCUUCAAGAAGCGUUAAAAAAACUCAUGAUUCUCGUUCUUCUUUUAGAGAUGUUAUGAAUAAGUUUCAGGAUGGAAAUUUCAAUUAG